CUUCGUCACCAAUUCGCCGAGUCCUCCCGAGUGCAAAACAGAUCAAAGCAAAAUAUCAACCUAUCAACCAACGACCACUAGCCAUUUACCCAAAGCUCGAGCGUGUAGUUGCAAGUCGAGGCGCGCGCGUAAACAAGCUCGCCGGCCGCGUACACGCAUCGCGCGCGCAUGGGGAACUGCUGCUUCAAGCUGCAGCGCGCGGCGGUGUGGGCGGACGGCGACGAGUGGGAGGAGGAGUUUGCGGCGGAGAGCAAGUCGGCGAAGUCCGCCGCCGCCGAGGCGAUAAAGAUGGACCACCGGGUGGAGGUGAAGAUCAGGGUGACGAAGCGGCAGCUGCAGGAGCUGCUGGAGAAGGCCGGCGGCGCCCGCCGGGGGUGCGACGGCAAGGCCAAGGCGGCGCAGCAGCAGGCGGAGUCCGUGCUGGCGGAGCUGAUGACCUCCGGCAGGGUGUGCUACCAGCAGCAGCACGAGGAGAUGCGGGGGCACUGGAGGCCCGCCCUCUACAGCAUACCGGAGGCCGCCGCCGAGGAGUCAUGACGGCUCGCGAGAUUAUUGGAGCCUGUUAGCCGGCGAGAUCAGGGUGCUCGAUCAGAAUUUUCUGUCCGAUUAGUUCCGUACGUGCAUAUAGUUGCUAUAGGAAGAUGCAGGUUCUAGCGAUUCUUUCUGAGAUAGUGCUGUACAGGCUUUGCAAACCGGAAAUGCUGAUAGGAAGCAGUUACUGGAGCCAUUUUUUACAAUCCGGCAAACCUCAAAUAUUACUGCAUGUUUUACUGGAGCCAUUUUUUCCAUUCAUGGGUGCUCACUAAUUAAAGCUGCAGCUAUAUAGAAAGUAGUGUAAGACUUGUUCUUAACAACCAAGAGUAAGGAUUUGGUGGAGUGGAGCGAUCCUGACACUACUUUUACUUUC